CCAUCAUCCCCCAUCAUGGGGGUUGUCGGGGGCAGUGUGGUCCUGGACUGUGUCUUGGUCAUGACCAAAGUCCCAAAGAAUAUGGAGGUCCGCUGGAUCAACAUGGUCUAUGGCUAUAGCUCACCUGUCCACUUGUACACCGAAGGAGCAGACGACUUGGCAUCCCAGCACUUGGCCUACAGAGGCCGAACUGAACUGUUUCUCGAUGAAGUGGCAAAGGGGAAUAUCUCUCUCAGGCUGAAGGAUGUCCGAGUCUCUGACAGGGGACAGUACAAGUGCUUCGUUGCUUCUGGAAUCAAACACAAUGAGUUCAAACUCACGCUAGAUGUGACAGGUACAGGCCACCAGCCAAGGAUCGAGAUGGAGGGCCAAACGGGCAAUGGCAUCAGACUGGGCUGCAGAUCCGAUGGAUGGUACCCACAGCCGACCAUUCUGUGGGUAGACGGAGAUGGUGGGAACGUGACGGCCCAGCAGCAAACCAAGUACCAGUCAGACCCUCAGGGGCUGUUCACUGUCAGCAGCUCCAUCGAGAUCCCCAAGCAGUCCCCCAACAAGUACAGAUGUGUCAUUAACAAUGUGAUCCUGAAGGAGACACAGGAGGCUCACAUCCAGAUCGCAGAUUCCUUCUUCCCCAAUGUUUCCGGAUGGCUGAUAGCGUUCUGGAUCCUGUUUGCUCUGACUGUUGCAGCAGUCGCUCUCACAGUGUGGUACCAUCGGAGAUUACAGAAUAAGGUUCAAGAAAUUGUGAACCUUCAGCAGAAGUUAGAGUGGAACAGGAUACGGAGCUAUGCAGCUCCAGCCUCUCUGACUCUGAAUCCGAACACAGCGCACCCCCAGCUCAUCCUGUCUGAGGACCGGACCAGUGUGAGACUCGGAGACAAAAGGCAGCCGCUCCCUAACUCCCCGGAGAGAUUUGAUUCCUGUUCCUGUGUCCUGGGAUCAGAGGGAUUCACAUCAGGGAGACAUUACUGGGAGGUGGAGGUGGGGGAGAAGACCUGGUGGUAUCUGGGUAUGGCCCGAGAGUCUGUGGAGAGGAAAGUGAGGACCAUCCCGAGCCCGGAGACUGGAUUCUGGAUUGCGGAGCUGGAUCUCAGACGUGGUUAUUUUGCCGCCACCUCCCCCUCACGGACCCCCCUCUCCCCGAGUGUGAAUCCCCGGAAGAUCGGGGUUUUCCUGGACUAUGAGGAUGGACAGGUGUCAUUUUACAAUGCGGACACCAUGUCCCAUCUCCACACUUUCACCCACACUUUCACUGAGAGGAUCUUUCCCAUCUUCCAUCCGGGAGGGAAUGACGGCGGGAAAAACUCCGCCCCGCUGACAAUCUGCGGGAUUAAAGGGCACUGACAGAUCCAUCCCAUAAUUUCACCCCGUCCCCCUGCCUCCUGCCAGCUGUAAACUGAUGGGGGUCGGUCUCAGUCUGGGGGAGAGAAGGAGGGGGAGAGAAGAAACAAAUAGAAGCUCAAUUGUAGAGAGGGACUGACUGGGUAGAAUGAGCUGUGAGCUGCAGGAACCC